AUGGCGAAGCUAGGUUUAAUUGCAAUGGGGGCGGUGGCUCUUGCGCUGGUGGCUACGGCCGCGACACUCGCUCGUGCUAAGUCGGAUGACCCCGAGAAGGUCAAUGCAUGGUUCAGAGGGCUUAGCCAGCCGCUUAGCCACGCAAAGCACAAGACCACACACCUUCACUUCUACUUACAUGACACGCUCUCGGGCAAGAGCCCCACAGUGGUGCGAGCCGCCGAGGCCGCAAUGACCAAGACUUCCCCCACGCUAUUCGGGGCAGUCAACAUCCUCGACGACCCAUUGACCGAGGGGCCCGAGCUCGCUUCUCCCCUCGUGGGCUGGGCUCAGUGGUUCUAUGCCUUGACCGGGCUCAAGUCGAUGGCCCUACUCAUGUACAUGAACCUCGUAUUCACAAGCCUGGACCACAACGGCAGCACUCUGAGCAUGUUGGGCCGCAACCCACCGUUCGAGUUCCAGACUUAUCAGGAGAUGCCCAUUGUAGGCGGGACCGGGGUUUUUCAGCUGGCGAGCGGAAUAGCAACGGCGAAGACGUACUUUUUCAACUCCACCACCGGCGAUGCGGUAGUUGAAUAUAAUGUAAUAUCUGUGCAUUACUAGACACUUUGGACAUGUAAUCGCUCAUGUUACAGUCCACAUCUCCUUUCAUUUUGACCUUUUGGAUUUAUGCAGGCCAAAUGUCAUGGCGUAAUUAUA